CUCUGGCCAGCCGCAUACCCUCCCUUUUCCCCACAUCAAACCUUCUCUGGCUCCCUGACCUCAGUGAGAUUGCAGCCGGGCUGGGGAUACAAGGAAGACAUGGAGAAAGAGAUGGGGAAUACCCUGGCUGGACCUGACCGACAGAGUAGGCAGUCAUAACUGGAGAAUUGGAUAUCAGAGUAAUGUUUGACCUCUGGAAACAUCCCUUACAGGACGUCUGGUCAAAAUUCACUAGGUAGGAGGGCCAUCAGCUGCAAAGAACUGGAGCCUGGGGGGACUUGGUUGGAUAGGUAUGGGGGAUCCAGGCCAGUCCCCUUGUCCCCGGUCCCCCCAUGGCAGUCCCCCAACUCUAAGCACUCUCACUCUUCUGCUGCUCCUCUGUGGACAUGUUCAUUCCCAAUGCAAGAUCCUCCGCUGCAACGCUGAGUAUGUGUCGUCCACCCUGAGCCUUAGAGGAGGGGGUUCACCAGAAGCACUUCGAGGAGGAGGCCGGGGUGGAGAGGUGGGCUCCGGCGGCCUCUGUCGUGCCCUCCGUUCCUACGCGCUCUGCACUCGGCGCACUGCCCGCACCUGCCGCGGGGACCUCGCCUUCCAUUCGGCGGUGCACGGCAUCGAAGACCUGAUGAUUCAGCACAACUGCUCCCGCCAGGGCCCCACGGCCCCUCCCCCGCCCCGGGGCCCCGCCCUUCCAGGCGCGGGCCCCGCUCGGCCCUCCGGACCCCCAGCCCCGGACCCCUGUGACUAUGAAGGCCGGUUUUCCCGGCUUCACGGUCGACCUCCGGGCUUCUUGCAUUGCGCCUCCUUCGGAGACCCUCACGUGCGCAGCUUUCACCACCACUUUCACACGUGCCGUGUCCAAGGAGCUUGGCCCCUGCUGGAUAACGACUUUCUUUUCGUCCAGGCCACCAGCUCCCCUGUGGCAUCUGGGGCCAACGCCACCACCACCCGGAAGCUCACCAUCAUAUUUAAGAACAUGCAAGAAUGUAUUGAUCAGAAGGUCUACCAGGCUGAAGUGAACAAUCUCCCUGCAGCCUUUCAAGAUGGUUCUAUCAAUGGAGGUGACCGACCUGGAGGCUCAAGUUUGUCCAUUCGAACUACUAACCCUGGGAGCCAUGUGGAGAUCCAAGCUGCCUAUAUUGGCACAACCAUAAUCAUUCGUCAGACAGCUAGGCAGCUCUCUUUCUCCAUCAAGGUAGCUGAGGAAGUGGCCAGGGCCUUCUCAGCUGAGCAAGACCUGCAGCUUUGUGUGGGAGGGUGCCCCCUAAGUCAGCGACUCUCUCGAUCAGAGCGCAGCCGUCGGGGAGCUAUAACCGUUGAUACUGCUAGACAGCUGUGCAAGGAAGGGCUGCCAGUUGAAGAUGCUUACUUCCAUUCAUGUGUCUUUGAUGUUUUAAUCUCUGGUGACCCCAACUUUACUGUAGCAGCUCAGGCAGCUCUGGAGGAUGCCCGAGUCUUCCUGCCAGACUUAGAGAAGCUGCAUCUCUUCCCCUCAGAUGCCGGGGUUCCUCUUUCCUCAGUAACCCUCCUAGUUCCGUUCCUUUCUGGGAUCUUCAUUCUGUGGCUUUGUGUUUGAUAACUAGGCCAGUGAUCCCAUGACCAGUUGGAGAAUGAUUUGGGAAUAGGGGUUGGAAGGGAAGAACAUAAAGAAACACUGAAGGGAAAAUGGGGACUAGGUGACAUUUGAAACAAUGACAUUAAUCCAGUCAUGAGGCUGCAGUUCAGGGUUGAAAUGGUCAGAGGAUAAGGAUUCUGGGCAAGGUUUCUGCAUUCCAGACCUCUCAAUGGAUUUUUCACUAAUUUUCCUAGCCCACUUUAUGGUAAGCAAAUUGUGCCAGCCCAUCUGCUCCUAAGGUCACACCUACAAGCUUAGAGGUUGUGGGGGUCCUGACAUUUUGUAGAAAACCUAAGGGUUGAGACUUCUGAGAAGGAAGAACUGAAAGAGGAAGAUAUGCUUACCACCCAUUAAGAAACUAAAGCUCUAACAUUCUCUUGGAAGGUAGAGAAGGAAGGGAAUGAUUAAGGAAAGAAGUCUAUUUGAUGAAUAUAUAUGUGUAAGGUAUGUUCUGCUUGGUUUAGAAAUAAAGUGGGAUCUGUCUGGAUCUUAGGUGAAGGGAGUCUCUGCCUUUGGAGAAUAACACAGAUAGGACCGAAGCUAUCAUCCUCAUCUCCAACUAAUAUGUCAUUAAAGCUAUGAAUUCUCCCACA